ACACCACCAGACCCCCUUUCCACCAAUCAGCCAACGGUGGGCGGAGCCGGGUGUGCAAAGAUGGCAGCGGCGCGUCUGCUGAAGUGUCUGCUGAGGCCGGGGCGGAGGAUCGGUUUUCCUCGUUUACUGACAUGCAGUCAGCCAGUCCGAAGCCAGUCCAACGCUCAGGCCGAAGGAGAGAUCCUCCUCACAGAGAGCUGUGUGAAAAGGCUACGAGAGGUGACCAGUGGCUCGGAGUUCCUUAGACUCCAGGUGGAGAGCGGAGGUUGUUCUGGUUUCCAGUAUAAGUUCCUAUUGGAUACAGACAUGACAGAGGAUGACAGGGUGUUUGGCACAGACGGGGCUCAUGUUGUGGUGGACACGGAGAGCCUCCAGCUGGUGAAAGGCAGCACCAUUGAAUACUGUGAAGAGCUGAUCCGAAGUUCCUUCCUGCUGACACAAAACCCUCAGGCCGACCAAGGCUGCUCUUGUGGGGCGUCCUUCUCUGUCAAGCUGUGACAUUCUGCGGGGCCGCACAGGCCGACCCCCGAGGACUUUGCCGGCGCCUGUUUAUCAUUGUGUGUGUGUGUCAUUACUUCUCUGUAAAUAAAAACUUCUGACAUGUA